CCCGCGCCCCGGAAGUGGUUGUGGCGGUGCUUCUGGACUCUGGAGCUGGCCGGAGGGGCAGAGGGGUCUCACGGUGGAGUAGGCGCCAUGUUCCUGACGGUGGCUGCCUUGGCCAAGAGCAAAUCCAAGUACGUCCUUGUGAGGAUGGUGAGUGCAGCAGGGACGGGCUACUGUGUCAACAUCAAGAAAGCCCGACUACAGGAGAAAUUGGUCCUGCUGAAAUAUGAUCCCAUUGUGAACCAACGUGUUCUCUUCACAGAGAAGAAAAAACUACGUUCCAUCUGAACAACGCCUUGUAAAUGGACUUGUUUUAUAUGUCAGUUGGACUCUUGAGGGGGGAAUGCUGCUUCUGAAAUCCUGCAGCGUGUGCUAAAAAGAGAGGAAAUAAACUCUAUCAAUGCCUCCUGUGAUUUGAAGGCCAUUGUGAUUGAGAACAAUGUAGAGAGAGAAAAGUCUUAGUGUCUGGACAUAGAUCAUCACAUCAACAUUUAUUUAUCCUUUGAGUUAUUUUUACAGUCCUCAAUAAAAAAAUUAAAACAGCA